GACAACCAUUAACCAAAGUCGCAGCUCGCAGUGGAUACAUUCAUUUUUAAAAGAUACGAUUUUGUGCUAAGCUCCUGAUAAGAUGAAGCUAACUUAUUUUCUCCUAAUAACCGUUUUUGUGGCCGCCUCUGUGGCCAGCGAACCCAAGGUGAAGAUUGGGGUCAAGAAGCGCGUGGAGAACUGCACCCGGAAGGCCAAGAACGGUGACCUGGUCCACGUACACUACAGGGGCACGCUGCAAGAUGGUUCCGAGUUCGACAGCAGCUACUCCCGCGGCACUCCCUUCUCCUUCACCCUAGGGGCCCGCCAGGUGAUCAAGGGCUGGGACCAGGGCAUCCUGGGAAUGUGCGAGGGCGAGCAGCGGAAGCUAACGAUUCCCCCGGAGCUGGGCUAUGGAGCCAGUGGAGCGGGCGGUGGAAAGAUUCCACCCAAUGCGGUGCUCUUCUUUGACACGGAGAUGGCCAAAAUCGAACCACGUUCUGGUUCUGAAGAGCUGUAGGUGAGGCACAUGUCGCCAUUCCAAGCUAAAUCCAAAGUUUACUUACAAUAUGGUUUUUCCCAUGUCACCUUUUAAAACAUGUACUUUUGUGUUCACUUAUAUACUCUUUUAUAUUGUAAUCUAAAUUGUUUUGGCAAUGGUUUCUCAUAGAUGCCCCGCCAUGACCAUUAGAAUAAAUGCCAUUUUUUAUACUA